AGUCCCAACUUUCCUGCCAGGAUUUGGGCCUUGCGGGGACGAGGCAGCAGCCUGAUAGGGUUCGGGGUACAGCACCCUUCGGGGUGCCGGCUGCCUCCUUGCAGAGCCUCAGCGCCUCGGGGAGCGCCCACACUUCAACAGGUUUUGGAGGCUCGCUUGCUGCUCGCUGUGCAUUGAGGCCAUGGCACCGAGGCUCACUGGAAUGGCAUCUCUCUCUCUUGCUGCCCUUGGACUCCUGCUGUCAGCUGUCCCUGCUGAUGCUGGGCUUUCUCAGAAGCAUGUUUCAGACGUCGUCGAUGACAGCAAAGACAACAUCACCAUUUUCACGCGCAUCCUGGACAGGCUGUUGGAUGGCUAUGACAACCGCCUAAGGCCUGGACUCGGAGACAGCGUAACUGAAGUCAAGACAGAUAUUUACGUGACAAGUUUUGGCCCCGUCUCAGACACAGACAUGGAAUACACCAUUGAUGUCUUUUUCCGGCAAUCCUGGAGAGACGAGAGGCUGAAGUUCGAUGGUCCCAUGAAGAUCCUUCCUCUGAACAACCUGCUGGCAAGCAAGAUCUGGACUCCUGAUACCUUCUUCCACAACGGGAAGAAAUCUGUUGCCCACAACAUGACAACACCCAACAAGCUGCUGCGCCUGGUGGAUAAUGGCACGCUCCUGUACACGAUGAGGCUAACCAUUCAUGCAGAGUGCCCCAUGCACCUGGAGGACUUCCCAAUGGAUGUGCACGCUUGCCCGCUGAAAUUUGGGAGCUAUGCCUACACAAAAACAGAGGUAAUCUACACCUGGACCCUGGGGAAGGAUAAAUCUGUGGAAGUAGCAAAGGGUGGAUCUCGCCUGAACCAGUAUGACCUGCUGGGCCAUGUUGUUGGGACAGAGAUGGUUCGAUCCAGCACAGGGGAGUAUGUUGUCAUGACCACGCACUUUCACCUCAAGAGGAAGAUCGGGUACUUCGUCAUCCAGACCUACCUGCCCUGCAUCAUGACUGUAAUCCUGUCCCAGGUCUCCUUCUGGUUGAACAGGGAAUCUGUCCCCGCCAGAACAGUUUUUGGUGUCACCACUGUGCUCACCAUGACCACGCUAAGCAUCAGCGCAAGAAACUCGUUACCUAAAGUGGCGUACGCGACGGCCAUGGACUGGUUCAUAGCCGUCUGUUAUGCCUUUGUGUUUUCUGCGCUGAUUGAAUUUGCCACUGUCAACUACUUCACCAAGCGCAGCUGGGCUUGGGAUGGCAAGAAGGUGUUGGAGGCCCAGGAGAUGAAGGAGGACAACAGUCAGUCUUCUCGCUGGUAUGGAGGUCCCAGCAAGAGGACAGAGGCCUUAUGGAGAACCACAGCCAUCACUGGGUGCUGAAUGCCUUUGUCUUGUAUUUCUUGGACUCUCCAUCUGCUUAUGCAGCUGUGGUCUGAGCACCAGACUCAUGGCAGAAAGGCUCCAGAGGAGGCCUGCUGGUGGUCUCCCACCUCCAUCACAUACAAUAACUGGGUCUCUAGAGAUGGGAGGAACUUUUGUCAGAGAUAAGAGGAACUUUUCUGGGGUCAUUGGCAUGCGUAAAGAACCAAGCAGGUCCUCAAAGCAGCUGUGCCCCUUUCAGUGCAAAGUCAGGAUUCACACAGAUGUGGGCAAUUCGUGUGAAUUGAGCACAGUCAAAAAAGCAGCAAGGGCUCCGAAGGUUUUGAUUCAUCAUAAAAGUGGCACUCUCCUCAAUUUAUUUAUUGACCUGACACUGUCAAAGUAAUCAUGCUGAAACAAUAGGGUAAAAGUGUUUGCACCUAUGGUGAUUGAACAAGAAAACAAUGCAGGACCAGAAAUGUUUCAGAGGGAGCACUCCUUGUGAGAGUUUGCUGUCAGAUGAAGAAUCAGGAAGGACUCCAAAUCUAUAGGUGCUUUUUCAAGCCAACCCUGUUCCUUACCUGAUCCAAAGUCAGACAGCUCACCCACUCCUGGUCUCUGCAGCUCAGAAGCUCCGACUGCCCCAUUCUCUCCGUCACAAUUUUAUAUGUGCUACAAAUAGUCACAUCUGACAGCACUCCUUGAAGGAGAAUUCCCUGACCAGCUGUGGACUUUCAGAGAGCUUGUGAAUAUGAUGCGUCACCAUAUUUGCUUUCAUCUUUAUUCUACUGAAUAUUUCCAAGCAGUGAAUUUGCUACAGAAUGAAGGUGCCUUGUUGGCCCAGCUCCAGCCUUUAAUUAGCUCUUCUUGAAACAAUUGACAAGCCAGGUGGUUGAAACCACAAAAGAAAGAGGAGGCAAAAAAAAACUAUUGGCGUUUUUAAGCAUUGGUACGAGGAGUAAAACUGCCAGUGACAAGCCCACGCUGAGCUCUGGUCUCUGGAGAGCCUUCCCCCAGCCAAAGAAAGUGUUCUUCAUUGAUGGGAUAGCAAGGAUCCUCACUCAGUCCAGGUUUGAUUGUUUCCUUGCGUGGAUGCGAGCAAAAUCAAUAGGUGUCAGCCCUGCUCUCACCUCAAAUGCAGGCACAGCAGCAAUGCUUCUCUUCUGAUUUAAAAUAAAUCAGUGCCUUGCAAAAGCUGCUGGUUGCUGCCAGGUGCUCCAGAGCUUCCAGUUUCUCAGGGCUCAUCCUGUUCUUUCUUUCUCCUCUUUGUCCAUUCCAUCAAUUUAGAGGGAGAAUUCUGUGGGGAAAAGCAGGUUUUGGGGUGUAUAAUAUAAAUGGUGGGCUGAUCUUGGUGAGUCACUGAUCUCUACAUCAUAAAUGAUCAUGCUGUGGCUACAACCACAGUUGGGUUUUGAUUCUGGCUGGGAGCUACUCUGCACAUACUCUGCAGUCCUUCUCUCAUGCAAAUCAGACAGAUAUCACCAUUGAUCUCACAAAAAAUUUCUUUUAAUGCACACUUUAAUAUGAUUUGACUAAUACUUCUUGGGCCCAAAUAUUUUCCAAGCUUUUCCUGUCCUCUACUACUACUUUUUCAUUGUAGAUGAUUCUGUAUUUUUGUGUGCAUAGCAGCUUCAACCAACCUAGAGGUGCCAAUUGAACUGGAAAGAGUAUCUGAAUCCAAUGCAGAAAACUUCUUUAUUAGGGAUGAAUUUUAAGAAAACAUCACCGGGAAGAAGACAGAAAACAAUAGUAGUUGGGGAGAAGUGAAAGGCCAAAGAGAUUGGCUCCAGUAGUCAGUGAAACUCCCUAUCUCC